AUAUAUUUGUGUAUAUCCUUCAUUUGAAAUGCAAGAAAUUGGAGUGUUCAUUAUUUUAUCUCUAGAUUUCACAUUGUAAGAUAUCAGAGCUGUUUUGUCUUUUAAAAACUUCCGGCAAACUUUCCGGUGAUAUUUCCCGGCGGGUGUUCUUUCAUCUACUAGUAUGGAGGAAGAGAAUGAGCGUCGGCACUUUUCAGAAAUACCACCUGCCAUGUUAUGGGAAAUUCUGGGUAGACUUCCCAUUAAGACAUGUUUAACUUGUCAGCUUGUUUGCAAGGAAUGGUAUCAUAUCAUCGUCAAUAAAAAAUUCUCUUCGUUCCGUAGCAUGUGUAAUGCUUCCCGUUUUGCCCUCUUGUUUCAUGACGUCAAAAGCGGUGAUGAUGGGUUGGUUUUCAAUUUGGUUGAGAUUGAUAAGGAAUUGGAUGUCGAUGGUUCGCAGAAAUGUGUUGUGGGUGUUGAUCGUAUGAUUAGGGUUCAUCCAAAAAUUGACACCUUUAAUGAGAUAUGGUAUGUGAGGUCUCAUUGCAAUGGGGUUGUUUGUUUCAUAAGUACGAAGAUUGACUACUUCGUGUGCAAUUUGCUCACGGGACAACAUGUGAAGUUACAAAAUAUGCAUGAAAUAAGGAAUCAAUCUUCUUCCAUAUCGAGUUGUGUACUGGGGUGUUGCCCGACGUCACGCAAAUUCAAGAUUCUCAUGUUACUUUCAGAUAUGACGACGAACAUCCAAGUGGCAAAGAUACAGACUUUAGGUAAUGAUGAAUGGAGGAACGUGGGCAAUGCACCCUUGAAGAUUACGGCCGAUGGAUGUUUUCUUAACGGGUCUAGUCAUUGGCUUGAUCACAACUAUAUAUGGUCAUUUCAUUUCGAAGAAGAAAAGUUUUCACAAAUCCCAUUACCUGAUGAUGUCAUCCCUCAGGCCUCUAAGAAAAAGAAUAUGAUAUUGAGCGUUUGCGACUCUUGCCUAUGUUUGAGUUGGUUCUCCAAGGGUGAUAGUGUUGAGGUUGACACAUGGAUUAUGAAGAAGUAUGGUGUGAAAGAAUCUUGGGUGAAGCAUAUGGAUAAGGAAAAGAUACUUAUAAAUAGUGAAUAUGAAUUAUAUUUAUAUGAUCUACCAACCCAUGUUUCUAAAAGAGUAGAGUUUGGUCUCUAUGAGCUCUCUGGUCCCAUGCUUCGGAUCGCGCCUUUUGAUGCAAAUUUCUCGAAAUUUUAAAAAUUCAUUUGUAUUCUUAUGUUCUGUUAUUCAAGUUUUUUAAAGUUAUUGGUUAAUUAUUUAAGAGCUUGUGUAACUUAUGAAAAAUUCUUCCAUAGUCUUAAGAUCCAUGCUCGUGUUAUGAUUUUUUGUGCAUUAAUAUCGUAAAAGAAUUGGACAUUUGGCAAAAAAAAAGAUCCACUUAUAUGUUGACUUUUAGACUAUACAAAAACAACUCUUAACUUAUACUCCCUCCGUCCGGAAAUAAAGUUUACGUUUCUCC